CCUCAGGGGGAUGACGCACGAGUCCAUCCCAAUGCUCAGCGAGGGGACGGCUGCGCUGGAGCCCGGCCUGGCGGCCAGGCCCCCCUCCUGCACCGUCUCCUCCGGACCCCCGACCAGCCCCGGGGCGAGCGGGGGCUGCAGCGCGGGCCGCGCCAGUCCCUCCAGGAGUUUGAGCAGAGUCUCCUGGGGGACCUUGCAGCCUCAGCCCUUCAUGCCAGAGAAGCUCGUCAGCCGCCAGCUCGGGCUGAAGCCCAGGGUCUGGGGCUCGAACGGCCGGUAGUUGGAGAAACUCCGGCCUGCCGGGCCGAAGGCACCUUCCGCCGCCACCAGCGCCGCCAUGGCCUCUCCGCUGGCGCCUGCCGCCGCUUCCGCCAUCGUGCCGCCUGCGGGGGAGGCGGCGCCGAGCAGAGGCCCCGGUACCUGCAGGCGAGCCCACUUGCCACAGCAGGCGAAGGUUCCCGGAGGAGACGGUGCACCACACGUGUCGGACCGGAGGACGCCAGCCACGCUGCCGGUCCCAGCGCCGCGCGGCCUCUAUUUAUAUGCAGCGUGAUUGACAGCCGCACCACCCAAUGACGGCUCCGGUACCGAGAGGCGGGCUUCCUUUACUCGGGAAGGUGGCCAGGAACUCUCAAGAGCUCUCAGAAACUGAGGCUGGACCCACAGGUCCCUCCUUGGCGCCGAUGAGUUUCCGCAUCACCGACCCCAGACUGUUGCUAUGGGGCCUCCAGCUGUUUGUCAAGGCCUGGAGCUACAACCUGGACACGCGGCAUGCGCAGAGCUUCUUGGCACAUGCUGGAAGACACUUUGGGUACCGGGUCUUGGAGGUUGGAGAUGGGGUUGUCGUGGGAGCUCCAGGUGAGGGGAACAGCACAGGAAGUCUCUAUCAGUGUCAUCCAAGCAGUGGUUCCUGCCAGCAGCUCAGCCUGCAUGGUUCUAAUUAUACCUCCAAAUACUUGGGAAUGACCGUAGUGACAGACGCCACCGAUGGAAGCCUUUUGGCCUGUGAUCCGGGACUGUCUCGAACAUGUGAUCAGAACACCUACCUCAGUGGCCAGUGUUUCCUCUUUCCCCAGAGUCUGGGGGGACCUAUGUUACAAGGGUAUCCUGCUUAUCAGGAGUGCAUGAAGGGCAAGGUGGACCUGGUGUUUCUGUUCGAUGGCUCCGGGAGCUUGCACAAACAUGAAUUUGAAAAUAUCUUGGACUUCAUGAAGGAUGUGAUGAGGAAACUCAGUAACACCUCCUACCAGUUUGCUGCUGUUCAGUUUUCCACGUCCUACCGAACAGAAUUUACGUUCUUGGAUUAUGUUAAACAGAAGGACCCUGAUGUUCUUCUACUCGGUGUCAGACACAUGCGCUUUCUGACCAAUACCUUUGGUGCCAUCAACUACGUGGUGACAAACGUAUUCAAAGAAGAGUCUGGUGCCCGGCCAGAUGCUACCAAGGUGCUUGUCAUCAUCACAGAUGGAGAGGCUACUGACAGUGGAAACAUCGACGCAGCCCAAGACAUCACCCGCUACAUCAUCGGGGUUGGAAAGAAUUUUAAGACUCCAAAAGGACAGGAGAGUCUUCACAUAUUUGCCUCAAAACCCACAAAGGAAUUUGUCAAGAUUUUGGAUAAAUUUGAGAAGCUCAAGGGUCUAUUUGAUGAUCUGCAGAGGAAGAUUUACACAAUUGAGGGCACAAGCAAACAAGACAUGACGUCUUUUGACAUGGAGCUCUCCUCCAGUGGAAUCAGCGCAGACCUCAGCGAGGGCCGUGCAGCUGUGGGAGCAGUUGGAGCCAAGGACUGGGCUGGGGGCUUUCUGGACCUGAAGGAAGACUUGCAGGAUGCCACAUUUGUUGGGAAUGAACCACUAACCUCGGAUAUGAGAGCGGGCUAUCUGGGUUACACUGUGGCCUGGCUGCCUUCCCAUAGCUCCACGUCACUACUGGCAGUGGGAGCCCCACGGUACCACCAUGUUGGACAAGUACUGCUCUUCCAAGCACCCAAAGCUGGAGGACCCUGGAGUCAGAUCCAGAAAAUAGAAGGGACUCAGAUUGGAUCUUAUUUUGGUGGGGAGCUCUGUAGCGUUGACUUGGACCAUGAUGGUGAGGCAGAGCUGUUGCUGAUUGGAGUGCCCCUGUUCUAUGAGGAGCAGAGAGGAGGUCGGGUGUUUAUUUACCAGAGAAGAGAGGUGUUCAACAUGGUUUCAGAGCUGCAGGGCAACCCUGGCUACCCACUUGGUCGGUUUGGAACUGCUAUAACUGCUCUGGCAGACAUCAAUGGGGAUGGGCUGACAGACGUGGCCGUAGGAGCCCCUCUGGAGGAGCAGGGGGCCGUGUAUAUCUUCAAUGGGCAGCCUGGUGGCCUUAAUCCCCAGCCAAGCCAGAGAAUCCAAGGAACCCAGGUGUCCCCAGGAAUCCGGUGGUUUGGACGCUCCAUCCAUGGCGUGAAAGACCUUGGAGGGGACAGGCUGGCAGAUGUAGUUGUAGGAGCCGAGGGCCAGGUGAUUGUGCUGAGCUCGAGGCCUGUGGUGGAUGUUGUCACUGAGAUGUCCUUCUCCCCAAAUGAAAUCCCAGUGCAUGAGGUGGAGUGUUCCUUCUCAGCCAGUCAGGAGCAGAAGAAAGGAGUCACGCUCACGCUGUGCUUCCAGAUCCAGUCCCUCACGCCUCAGUUUCAAGGUCGCCUGCUUGCCAACCUUAGCUACACCCUGCAGCUGGAUGGCCAUCGGACGUGGAGACGAGGUCUGUUCUCGGGAGGGAGCCACGAGCUCAGUGGGAACACAUCUGUCACCCCAGUUAAAUCCUGCAUGGACUUCAGGUUUCACUUCCCGAUCUGCAUUCAAGACCUCAUCUCCCCUAUCAAUGUCUCUCUGAAUUUCUCUCUUUUGGAGGGAGAAGGAACACCAAGGAACCAAAAGAUGGGCAGGGACACGCAGCCCAUCCUGAGACCUUCACUACACGCAGUGACUAAGGAGGUCCCUUUUGAGAAGAACUGUGGAGAAGACAAGAAGUGUGAGGCAAACCUGGCCCUGCUGUCCCCUGCCAGCUCUGGAGUCCUGCAUCUGACUUCCUCUGCCAGCCUUGCUGUGAACUGGACACUGAGCAACUCGGGAGAAGAUGCAUACUGGGUACAGCUGGGCUUGAGUUUCCCUCAGGGACUCUCCUUCCGCAAGGUGGAGUUGCUUAAGCCACACAGCCAAGUACCUGUGAGCUGCCAGGAGCUGGCUGAUGAGUCGAGUCUCCUGACCAAGACACUGGCCUGCAACGUAAGCUCUCCCAUCUUCAAAGCAGGCCGGCAGGUCAGCCUCCAGGUGAUAUUUAGUACACUGCUCAACAGCUCCUUUGGAGAUUUAGUCGAGCUGAACGGUACUGUGCACUGUGAGAAUGAGAACUCAAGCCUCUUGGAGGACAACUCAGCCAUCAUCCGCAUCCCUGUCCUGUACCCAGUCAACAUCCUUGUUGAAGACCAGAAGAACUCCACGCUGUACACCAGUUUCACCACUAAAGGUUCCAAGACCCAACGAGUCCAGCAUGUCUACCAGGUGAGGAUUCAGCCUUCUGCCUAUGACCACAGCAUGCCUGCACUGGAGGCCUUGGUUGGGGUACCACAGCCUCACAGCGGGAGCCCCAUCACACACACAUGGAGUGUGCAGAUGGAUCCUCCUGUCACUUGCCACCGUGAGGACCUGAAGAUGCCGUCUAGUGAGGCUGAGCAGCCUUGUCUUCCGGGAAUUCUGUUCCGCUGCCCAGUUGUCUUCAGGUGGGAGACCCUCAUCCGAGUGAACGGGACGGUGGAACUCUUGGAGGAGAUCAAGGCCUCCUCCACGCUCAGCCUCUGCAGCUCACUCUCCAUCUCCUUCAAUAGCAGCAAGCAUUUCCAUCUGUAUGGCAAGCAAGCCUCCCUGUCCCAGUGCACAAUCUUGACUGAUGAUUGGUGUGGGAGAGCCGAGAUCACUGUGGGCAGUGCCACCCCUGGACUGGUGGUCUUGGAUGCUACCAAAGAGUAA